AUUAUUUAAUAAAAAUGUGAAUGCUUUGCGCCCAAGGCUGAUGCUGAGCGGGCAAAUGAUGAUGCCUAGUGAUUUGUUGCCCAUGCAGAACACUAGGAGCACAUAAGAAGUCGUUGUCCAAAAUUGGGUAUAUCUUUUUCUCGUUCUUUUGGGUACUGGUGUCGUUUAUACUCCUUUUUACCGCGAAAGAAGUAUUUGAAUGGGCUGAAGAUUACAUUGAUUGCCCUGAAGGAGGCACCUCGUGAUUUGGAACAAGUGCUAUUUUCAGAAUGUCGUUUGUAUUGAUGUGCUUUCAUAUACUAAUAUUUAUUAUUGUGCUCCCAAGAAUGGAAUGAUCUGCAUAUUUCCAUGAUGGGUGAUGGAUCAGCAAGUUUUUCUUGAUACUCUCAGCCUUCGUUAUUUGAUUCUGGAUUCCAAAUGAUUUCUUUAAAGGGUACGGAUACUUUUCUCUGGUGAUCAGUUUUUUCUUUCUGAUCUUUCAAGGAAUAGUCAUCCUCGGGCUCUGAUAUACUUACAAUGAUGCAAUGAUAGCACAGUCUGAUAAGAACAACGGAUAUCUGGUAGCACUAAUAGUGUUUGCGGCAAUUCUGGCGGUCAUCAGUUUAAUCUUUAUAAUUUUAGAAUUCGUCUGGUUCCACGAAUGAUGGUCUAACAACAUUUUAAUCUUAAUUCCGGUGAUAUUUGCGAUAAUAUGUGUUGUGCUAGUUUUUCUCAAGACAAGAGAGAAUGCAUCGCUAUUCACCACUGCAGCGAUGUUGUUAUAUCUGGUGUAUCUGACCUGGACAGCUCUGGCAUCAAGGCCUACUGGGAAAUGAAACCCAUUCUACAGAAAAGAUCACGGGACAAUCCUUCAGAUUCUUUUCGGUCUGAUAUUCACCUUCUUAACUCUCAUAAUUCUUGCUUUCAGCAAAAAGGAAGGAGCAGAUAACAAAGAACAUGUUGAAAAUAGACUUAAAAAUAUGGUCGCUGAAGAAGCAGAUAGUGACGAUGAGAUGGAGAGGACCAAUAGAAAUGGAGAGAAAGAGAAGGCCAACGUCUUCCCUAUCUCUCAAUCCACUAUAAUCUUCCAAGCCUUUAUGGUUUUUGUUAGUAUCUACUAUGCCAUGCUUAUCACCAAUUGGGGAAGACCAACUAUUGAUGAUGAUAACUAUGACUAUUUCAUUGAUGAAUGGGCAGGAUUUUGGAUAAAGAUAGUUUGUCAAUGGGUGAUGUGUGGUUUGUACCUCUUCUCCCUCAUAGCUCCCAAGUUAUUCCCUGAUCGGGAAUGGUAGU